CAAAAUCAAGUUCCAAACUUCUUUCUCUUACGAUGAAGCUCUUAUGGAAAACUCACAUGAGGCUACAAGUGAUUAAACUAGUCUUUGCUCUCUUUGUGGUGACACUUCUGUGUCUAGCUGAGAGUAAAAAAGCUAAAAUUGUGACUGCUUCAUUUGAGUACAAUGGUAUAAAUUGUAGAGCACACAGUGCUUCUUCGACGGAUUUCGGCGGUGUUGGAGACGGAGUUACAUCGAGCACAAAGGCUUUUCAGUCUGCAAUUAGUAAUCUGAGUCAGUAUGGUUCCGAAGGUGGUUCUCAGCUCUUUGUUCCUGCCGGAAAAUGGCUCACUGGUAGUUUUAGUCUUACUAGUCACUUUACUCUCUAUUUGGAUAAAGAUGCUGUUCUUCUUGCUUCUCAGGAUAUAACUGAGUGGCCUGUGAUUGAACCAUUACCAUCAUACGGUAGAGGAAGAGAUGCACCAGCAGGAAGAUUCACAAGCCUCAUAUUCGGAACUAACCUCACCGAUGUUUUUGUCACAGGCUUGAGAAAGAAUCCGGGUUUUAUUUCAAUAUGAAAUACUUUGAGGAAAAAGUGCAGGCCGGUGAAUGGGAUGAAGUUGAGAAGUAUUUAUCAGGGUUUACCAAAGUGGAUGAUAAUAGAUACUCCAUGAAAAUAUUCUUUGAAAUCAGGAAGCAGAAAUAUUUGGAAGCACUUGAUAGGCAAGACAAGGCAAAGGCUGUUGAGAUAUUAGUGGGUGAUUUAAAAGUAUUCGCCACCUUCAAUGAAGAACUAUACAAAGAAAUAACCCAACUGUUAACUCUAACUAAUUUCAGGGAGAAUGAGCAGCUGUCCAAGUAUGGUGACACCAAAACUGCUCGAGGGAUUAUGCUGUUAGAGCUAAAAAGCUCAUGGAGGCAAAUCCUCUGUUCCGUGAUAAGCUUAUCUUUCCUGCAUUGAAGUCGUCAAGAUUGCGGACAUUAAUCAAUCAAAGUUUGAACCGGCAGCACCAGCUUUGCAAAAAAAACCCAAGGCCAAACCCAGAUAUAAAAACUUUAUUUAUCGAUCACUCAUGUUCACCUUCCAAUGGUCCUCUGGCACCAACACCUGUCAAUCUUCCAGUUUCUGCUGUUGCAAAGCCUGCUGCUUAUACUUCCCUUGGAGUGGGAGCUCAUGGUCCCUUUCCACCUGCCGCAGCAACUACUAAUGCUAAUGCUUUGGCUGGUUGGCCAAUGCCUCAGUUUCGUCAUCUGUCCAAGCAGCUGUUGUCACCGCAUCAACCAUACCU